AUGGGGCAGCAGUUCAGUUGGGAAGAGGUGGAGGCAGCUGGAGAGAUGGAUGUGGCAGAGUUGCAAGAGUGGUACAAGAAGUUCGUAGUGGGGUGCCCCAGCGGCACACUCUUCAUGCACGAGUUUAAGCGCUUCUUCAAGGUCACGGGCAAUGAGGAGGCCACGCAGUAUGUAGAGGGCAUGUUCCGAGCCUUCGACAAGAAUGGGGACAACACCAUUGACUUCCUGGAGUAUAUGGUAGCCCUUGUGCUGCGGGGCGCCCUAGAGCACAAGCUAAGGUGGACCUUCAAGAUCUACGACAAGGACCGCAAUGGCUGCAUCGACCGCCCGGAGCUACUUGACAUCGUGCAGGCGAUUUACAAGCUGAAGAAAGCCUGCCAGGUAGAGAUGGAGCUGGAGCAGCAAGGCCAGCUGCUCACCCCUGAGGAGGUCGUGGACAGGAUCUUCCUGCUGGUGGAUGAGAAUGGAGAUGGCCAGCUCUCUCUGAAUGAGUUCAUUGAAGGUGCCCGUCGUGACAAGUGGGUGAUGAAGAUGCUGCAGAUGGACGUGAACCCUGGCGGCUGGAUCACUCAACAAAGGAGGAAAAGUGCCAUGUUCUGA